AUGGGGUAUUUCAAAAAUAGACCACCAUUCUAAAAGAGAAUAGCAAAUUCAUCUUUACUAAGUUAAUCUGAUGAAAUUUUAUUAGAUGAUCUAUUAUUCCUAAUUUCUUGUUUUGAGAAUAAUCAUUCAGAGUUUAUAACAAAAGCACCUUCUUAUUACAUUGAACAGUAUUUCCAAUUAACAUGUGAAUAGUAUGAAAAUACAUAAAACUUUAUAGGGAAUUUGCAAACUCAUAUAUAAUUAGGAAUAAAGUUCUUUUGACUUGUCAUUUAAUGUUGCACGAAUUUUAAUUAGGUAUUGAUUUUGCAGAUCACUUUUUGAAUUAGAAGUUUUUAAUUUUAAUGAAUCGAAAAUCACCAAGUCUUGUAAAAACAAAUUAAUAAAAAGAAGAAUGGCUAUCUGCUAAUAUAUAAUUAAGUUAUUUUUAAUAUUUACAAAAACUUGCUGUUAAUAUUUAAGUGUUUCAUGCUUGUAAAGUGUAGUAAUAUCCAUUAUUUUAAGAAGGAUAAAAGUUUAUUGAUAUAUAGACAAAGUUACUGUGGUUAUUUAAAAUAAGCAAUUUAGUACAUUAAUUAUAUAAAGAUUCAGGUAAAUAGUGGUUUGGGAUAGAUGGAGACAUUGAAAUCUGCAUUAUAAAUGGUACCUGAAGAUAUGUUGCUAAAAGAGAUAGUGUUAGUAUACUGGUCAGACAUAAUUGUAUUUUACAAUUUUUUAAGUAAAGAGGUAUUAUUAUAUUGGAAUAUUAGAUUUUAUAAUUAUUGGAUUAUUAUAGACAUUUAGCUACUCAUAUUUGUUUAUAGUUCUACGAAUUAUAUUUAUAAUUAUUUUAAAUAAGAAAUUCUAUAUCAGAUUUAUAUAAAUAUCGAAAACAUUUUGAUAGAGAUAAUGUUAUUAAAUAACCUAAAUGGUUUGAUAUUAAUAAACCAGUUCAUAAAUAAAUUGAAGAAUUUAUGUUGAAAUAAAAAUUAAAUAUGGGUAAUCAUACUGAUAGAGCUCUAUAAAGACCAUAAAUGUCAAGUAGAGGAUCAAAAUCAUAGAUUGCUUUUGAUACAAGAAUAGAUUAAACUAAAUUUUCAAGAAAAGAUAAUACAAUAAAAACACAUAGAGUUGGUAGAUAAGGAGAUAGUGAUGGAGAUGAUGAAGAUUUUGAAGAAUUGAAAUUAAUACUACAAAAUUCAAAUAUGUAAUCUAAAUUAGCCAAAAAGAAAUAAUAAUAAUAAGAAAAACAUUAAGAUUCUUAGAUGUCUUUCUAAAAGUAAUCUUAAGAAGAAGGUACUGAUUUACCUAAAGGUGAUUGAA